AAUGACCAUUUCCAUAAAACAACAAUAAUAGUAAAAGAUACACACACACACACACACACACAAGAAGAAGAAGAAGAAAUCAUAUAAUGGCACCAACAACUUUCCUUCCAACUGAGGAGACACUGAGAGAGGACUUUGUCAGAGAUGAGGAUGAGAGGCCUAAGGUGGCGUACGACCAGUUCAGCAAUGAGAUUCCGGUGAUAUCACUGGCCGGAGUUGAUGGAAAGGAGAGGGAUGAGAUAAGGAAGAAGAUAGUUGCUGCAUGUGAGGACUGGGGGAUAUUUCAGGUGGUUGAUCAUGGUGUUGAUAUGGAGCUUGUGGAAACCAUGACCAAGCUUGCCAAAGAGUUCUUUGCUCUUUCUCAGGAGGAGAAGCUCCACUUUGAUAUGUCUGGUGGCAAGAAGGGUGGUUUCAUCGUCUCCAGCCACCUUCAGGGAGAAACAGUGAGGGACUGGAGGGAAAUAGUGACAUACUUCUCAUACCCAAUAAAAGCAAGGGACUACACAAGGUGGCCAGACAAGCCAGCGGGCUGGAUACCAGUGGUGGAGGCCUACAGCGAAAAGUUAAUGGGCCUGGCCUGCACACUACUAGGCCUGCUUUCAGAGGCCAUGGGCCUUGAAAAAGAGGCCUUGGCCAAGGCCUGUUUGGACAUGGACCAAAAGGUGGUAGUGAAUUACUACCCCAAAUGUCCCCAACCUGACCUCACUCUUGGCUUGAAACGCCACACCGAUCCCGGCACCAUCACUCUCUUGUUACAGGACCAGGUCGGUGGCCUCCAGGCCACCAAAGAUGAUGGCAAGUCUUGGAUCACCGUUCAACCGGUCGCCGGAGCUUUUGUUGUCAACCUCGGCGAUCAUGGGCCAUGUUAGUAUUCGUUAUUGUACUUAAAUAUAUACUUUUUGAGCAACGGUAGGUUCAAGAAUGCCGAUCAUCAAGCAGUAGUGAACUCGAAUUGCAGCCGUCUCUCGAUCGCUACAUUUCAGAAUCCCGCUCCAGAUGCCACUGUUUACCCGCUUGCAAUCCGGGAUGGAGAAAAGCCGGUGCUCGAUGAACCCAUCACCUUCAUGGAGAUGUAUCGCCGGAAAAUGGGCAGGGAUCUGGAGCUGGCUAGGCUCAAAAAGUUGGCCAAACUGGAGAAGGACAAGCAGGACAACAAGGCCGUUGAUGGUGUAAUUCCAACCAAGGGCCUUAAUGAAAUCCUAGCUUGAUUAUUAUGCUUAAUCGCUUAUUAUAUUGCUUUAUAAUCACAUCACCUUCCACCAAAAUAAAUAUCUAUGUUAUGAGGGGUAAUAAUGCCAUUUUACUUGAAUGUACUGUUUUGUUUCAUUUACUUCAAAUCAUGUACUCAUACAAACUAAAAUCUAGUUUUCAAGUAAUGUAAUUAUUGAAUCCA